AUGGAGGAAAAGCGCCAGGGAUACCAGCACGCGCCAAUCGCGAAGCCUAGCCCCUCUACCACUACUACGACAAAAAAGCCGGUUGCCUCAUGGGUGCACCUGCUGGCAGGCGCCACCGGCGGAUUUGCAACUGCAAUUGUCACCUCGCCUCUUGAUGUCUUGAGGACGCGUCUUCAGUCCGAUUUCUACCAAACCUCCAGCCAGACCAACCACCCUCUCCAAGCAGCACAACCGAACCACGCAUCGAAUCACAAAACGAUACGAAUUAUAAGCUCAAUAUACCGCGCUGAGGGCUGGCGCGCUUUCUUCCGAGGUCUCGGUCCGAGUGUUGCCGGCGUGGUCCCCGCGACCGCUAUCAAAUUCUACGUAUACGGAAAUUGCAAACACAUUGGAGCGAAACUUCUGGGAAAGGCGGAAGAUUCUCCUCUCGUUCAUGCACAGGCUGCAAUCUGCGCCGGCCUUGCCACAUCCACCGCAACAAAUCCAAUUUGGUUGAUCAAGACAAGACUGCAGCUUGACAAGACUCGAACAAAUGCCGCUGGUCCUUCCACUCGUCAAUACCGCAAUAGCAUUGAUUGCAUCAGACAAACUUUGCGAAAUGAGGGUGUACGGGGCUUCUACCGUGGAAUGAGCGCAAGCUACCUCGGUUCAAUUGAGACAGCUCUGCACUUGGUCCUUUACGAGCGCUUGAAAACUGGCCUUCGUGACUUAUUGCAGCCCAUUCAGGGCACUGGAACUCCUUUCUGGGAUGAAGUAUCCCACUGGGCUAGCACUAGUGGAGCUGCAAGCUCCGCAAAGCUGAUUGCAGGCUUAACUACUUAUCCUCAUGAGGUCAUGCGAACAAGAUUACGCCAGGCGCCCGUGGAGAAUGGCCGACCGAAAUACACCGGCCUAGCGCAGUGCUUCCGAACCAUUGCCAAGGAAGAAGGCAUGGCUGGUCUGUACGGAGGUCUCGCUCCUCACAUGCUUCGCUCUUUGCCAUCCGCUGUCAUCACUCUUGGCGUUUAUGAGUUUGUGCUGAGAGUCACUGGCAGUUAG